ACAUCUAUUUUUGUGCAACCCAUCUUCUUCUCCAAAGCUUUUCUCUCAUUACAAUGGAAAGACAUAUCAACAACAACAUUGAGAGCCGUAGUGUUCCUCAAGCAACCUCCUCAUUGUCCUCUUCACCUACAACAUCUUCUUCUUCUUCUUCUUCUUCAUCAACAAACUCUAACUUCCCUCAUCAUGAGGAAGACAACUCUAAAAGAAAAGCAUCUCGAAGAUCAUUAGCUGAAGACGAUGAUCAGACUGUGGGAGGAGGAGGAGGAAAGAAGCGAAAGAUCAGCGGCGGAGAUAAGCAUCCGACGUAUAGAGGAGUACGGAUGAGGAGUUGGGGCAAAUGGGUGUCGGAGAUUAGAGAGCCGAGGAAGAAAUCAAGAAUCUGGCUCGGGACUUAUCCAACGGCUGAGAUGGCAGCUCGAGCUCACGACGUGGCGGCUUUAGCCAUUAAAGGUACAACGGCUUACCUCAAUUUCCCUGAGUUAUCCGGCGAGCUUCCUCGUCCGGUCACCAAUUCUCCUAAAGACAUUCAAGCCGCCGCCUCUCUAGCCGCCGUUAAUUGGCAAGAUCCGGUCAACGAUGCGGAUGAUUCAGAGGAAGCAGCUGAAUUAGCUGAAGCCGAGCCGAGUCCAGCCGCGGUGGUGUUUUCUUCGGACACAAGCACCACCACUACGACUACGACUCAGAGUCAAGAGUCUUCGGAGGCUUCGUGUGCUUCAACGUCGUGCAGUACGGACAAAGACAACGAGGAAGAGAAGCUGUUUGAUUUGCCGGAUUUGUUUGCCGAUGAGAAUGAGAUGAUGAUACGAAACGAUGCGUUUUGCUACUACUCCUCCACAUGGCAGCUCUGUGGAGCCGAUGCUGGGUUUCGGCUUGAAGAGCCGUUUUUCUGUCUGAAUGACUAAAAUACCCUUCUCCGAAAGACUACUAACACUUGAUGAUUAGUUUUACUUUUACCAUUUCCUUUUUUCUUUUACCCUUCAAUUUCUCUAUUUCUGUUUGAUUUUUUUUUUUAAUUAUCUUUUCAACUUGAGUGCUAUUGAUUUUUUUUUUUUUUUGUAAAGAAACGGGUUCAUUUUGAGUUUCUAGAUUAAGGUGUGUUUGUGUAAUAUAAAUGUGACGAUGAGAACAAGUUAAAGAAGUUGCAGAUUAUUAUAA